GAGCUCCUCCAAUGGGGUGGGAGCUGGGGGGAGCUAGUAGGCGGAGCCUUGGGGAGAUGCUACAUGCUAACGCUAGUUUUCCAAGAUCGCCAACCCUAGCUUUAAUGCUUGAAUUCGGUCUUUUUUCAUUACUACAGAGCUGCACAACCUGUUGGACUGGGCCGCAAUCCAAUCGAAGGUGUAAAACUUGAGGAUUUUGUUUGUAUUGCUGCUUCAAGCAAUGAUUUUCUAAUAUCAAUUUGCUCUCAGUAAAAAGAAAAAAAAAGAAAAAAAAAAAAGAAAAAAAACAAUUUCAGAUUGACUGUGUAUCAAAAUGUAAUUUAAACUUGUCCAAGUAAAUGGACAUUGUUAUAGAGUUCAAAGGAUUGAUAUAGGAAAGGGAACUUUUUACAGAAGGAAAGUGUAAGUCAUUCAAUUCAGUUGCAGUCACUUUAAAGUCAAUUAUAAACCGUCUUGAUGAGGCUGCAAUCUGAAACAGAUGGUUCACAAGAUAAGUACUUUAUGAUAAGUUGGGGAUCCUCACUUGAACUUUGCAAGCUAUUGAAAUCAUGUGUCGUCACAAUGUCUCCAUUGGAAAGUGUUUUGAUUGCUGCUGUACAUGAGUAAUGCCUUCAACAUGUAAGUCUAUCAGCAGGAUGAAGGCCUGGCUAUGAGACUUCAUUUGCACAUAUUACUCAUGUGCAAUGACCCAGACAGUGAUAGACACAACUACCAAUUUACAUUGUACUUACAACAGGGACUAAAAGUAUGAUGAUGACAUUACUUAUCUAAACAUUCUUUUUUCCAUUUUUUUCUUUUAUAAGGAGGUAGUGACAAUGAAAUCUGACAAAAGCCAGUUUAACCAUGCAAAGUCUCCAUUUGAUUGUGGAUUCAAACCAAGAUGAUGGGAAAUGCCAUGCAGGUCAACCAGGAGUUGUCGUUUUCGCCUUAUCCACAGAAGUGUCUCUUUUGUCCCUGCCAGGCACUGGCAGCCACGAUGGUGGUCCAUUCCCACUGCGACACAACUUAAACGACAGAUUUAGAUAAGAAUGCAGUUCUGCUCUUGUGACUUAAAUCUGAGUCAACCCCCAGCAAUUUAAUGAAAGACCGACCAGUUCAGAAAUCGAUACCACAGAAGUUGAGAAGCAAAAUAAGGCUCUUUGUUUACCGGUGGGUCUACAUCCAGAACCUCCCGAAAUGGAAUGAGAUUUCAGAUUCGGGCAGCUGAAAUCUGUCUUCUCCACACAGAUGACAGGCCACACUUUUUGUCAAAGAGUGACGAGCUCAGUUAUCUGAGGAGACCCUCAAAGUAAAUUUACCACUGCUCCACACCGAGAGGAGCCACUUGAGGUUGUUUGGGUGUCGGAUUGAGACGACUCCCGGUUGCCUCCCAUUAGAUGCUUACCAAGCAUAUCCGACUGGGAGGAGGACUCAUCAUCAGCCCAAGAUCCACAAGAGAGAAUAUAACUGGCUCAGGAUGGAUAGAUGACGGAUGGAUAUCCAUAUUAAUUUCCAACUCCGUGCAAAGCAUUCAGCAGUAGCUCACAGACUGAUCGAGGCUACUUUUUGUUUGUAAUUGUGCAGAUUUAUUCUCAAAUCAAAUUGACUAAAUAAACACCUGACACUUGCAGACCAUUUUUCUGUGAAACUCCAAGUGGAAGUAAGCACAUUCGGAUCACUCGGCUAAAAUAACUGGUUUAACAAUUAAUUUGGACACAACUAAACAUAGGAGUAAUCAUUUCAUGACAUUAAAAAAUAGGCUUAGAAAUAAAAUCUCUUUAAAGAAAUGACAGAAUUUUAAACAUGAAAGAAUAAUGAAUCAUGAUUAAUUGACAAAAAUAUUGUACAUUUGUAUAUAAAUGUAUCAGUGUCUCCAAUGAAAAGCACAAUAAUGUUAAAGAGGACUGAUUUAGUUUUACUGAAGAAUCAGCAUUAGUAUUGAUGAUAUCAGUGAUCAGUGUGUGAAGCUGACUUGCAGGUGCACAGCUGCUGCCGCUGCAUGAUCUCUGGGAAUGUUGCAUAUUUAUGGACCAUCAGACUUUCUGCAGAGGUACAUGAUGACCCAUCUGAGAUAUUCUGGUAUGUAGAAGCAGGAAUCUCUUCACCUGGAGGGAAACGUGUGUUUGUUCAUGAAUGCAGAGAUGCAGGAUUCAUACAGACCGUUUCAACUGAACUGUCAUUUGUAGAAAAGCAAAGUUUAAAACUUGAGAAUCAGAUUAUUUGACACUCCUGAACCAAGACUAUGCACUGAGAGAUACCAAACAAAAAGCAGGGAGAGGCAUUAAAGGUAAAGUGGCUUUAUCUUGAACACUCUUUAGACAAACCCCAACAGGAAUGCAGCCCUGCCCCUUUAAAUACCGUUUUUUUCUUCUAGUUUUAUGACUUUAUAUGACUUGAGUUUACUUUCAUUUUUUGUACACAAACGGACACAUCGCCCUGAAGUUGUUCAGGCCUACUUGGAGACAAAAAGACCAUGGAUCCCGUGAUUGUAGUUGACGCUGCAGACAUUCAGCCAGAGUCCACUGAAUCACUGCGUGGUCCGCUUCAUGCUCCUCCCACGCUGACAGGAAGUGAGCGCCACCAUGUCUUCGUCAGCUACAGCAGCACUGACAACCAGUGGACCCACUCCAUCAUCAACCAGCUGGAGUCCCGCAGACUGCAGGUCUGCUACCACGAACGCGACUUCACUCCCGGCCGCACUGUGCUGGAGAACAUGUCCGAGUGUAUCCAGGAGAGCCAGAAGGUCCUGCUGGUUCUCAGCCAGGAGUUUGUGAGGAGCCGCUGGUGUCUCCUGGAGGCCAACAUGUCUCUGUUCAGAGACUGCUUGGAGAGGAAACCAAUCAUCCCAGUGCUGCUGGAGCCGGACGUCCCAAUCCCCCUCCACCUCUGUCACCUGACGUACCUGGAUGCCAGUGACCCCGGCUUCUUGAAGAAGCUGCUCAAGGUGCUCUACACGCCAAACCAGCAGCUUCAGAGCUCAACGGUGGUGCCUUUCCAGCCUCCCUCCAUCUACAAUGGGAAGGCCUUGCAGCCUUUGGUUGCUGUCGAUGAGGAAGAACUCAAUAAAUAUGAUCCUGGUCACUUCAAUGACAUGAAUGUACCAGACCAGCUGCAUCUGAUCAUUGAGGACCAAGAGAAGUACAAGCAGGCGAUGAGGAUCAUCAACCGUGUCUCAGAAAUUCAUUUAAUGACGUGGUCUAUCACGAAUAAGGUACUGCUGACCUUGUUUCUUCUAUUAUUGUUCAUUAUUUUAACAGGCAUUGUGAUAUACUUGUUCACUGAAGCCCUAGUUCAUAAUCCUUUUCCUGUUUCUAUUGGGCUGCUGGGGUUUGGUAUUGUGUGUUUUUAUAUGGCUGGAAAUGGGUUACUGUUUUACGGGGCAAUAUGGAAGAAGGAUCAAAAAAAGAACAAUCUGAGGGCGAUGCAGAAAGCUGCUGGAGAGGCAAACAUAAUUCUCUCAGAGGAGAAGCUCCUAAUUGGUUGUAUGUCCAAUUCAAAACUAUCCCUAGUUUAUGUUUUUCUGGACGGUUGUAAGCAGGAGUUUGCAGAAACCUUUUCUGAAGAUGGUAAUGCUGAGGAUAUGUUUAAAAAAGCACUGAAGUGCUUCUCAUCAGGUUAUGCCUGCUGCCUUGCCAAAAGACAUUUUCCUUUUUCCCUUGUCAGCAGUGGGGGUCACCUGGAGGGAGGGGUCUGUUUCUGUCAGUAUGUGUCCCAGCAGCUCAGAACAGAGCAGUGGGAAUAGAUCUAUCAAUUUAUCCAAUGCAUCAAAUCACAUAAUGGAAUUAAAUACAUCUUCUAAAUACUGCAGAAGUUAAAGGUAAUUGUUUGUAUCAAUAUCAUUUCUAAAUAUUGCUUUUUAAUAUCUUGAUAAUCUGAUAUUAAUUGUAUUUUAUUCUUAUAUUACCUUCCUGUCAAAGUAUCUGUGAAACCUUAUUUGUAAGCAGUGCUGUGUUAAUAAUGUUAAUGAUUAACAAUAACAUAUCACUCACUUUAAGUUUUAGCAAGUAAAGCAAUAACAUAUGUAACAAUUACUGCAGCUCUGCAGUUUAUUUAUUUCUUUUUGAUCGAUUCGUUAAUUUAUUUUCAUGUACUUGACAAUAAAUCAUCCUUGUUAAGCUAAUACACAAUAUUUAACUAUUAUGUUAUUAUUGUUGUGUAAUGUAUUUGAAAAAUACAACUACAACUAUUGCAUGGGAGAAAAAUUAACAGGGUUACAUAUUAAUAAUUUUUAAUCCUCUGUAAUUCACCCUGAAAUGUAUUUGUCUUCCCUAAAAAAAUGCUGUACAUUUGCAGGUAACAUAAUUUCUUGCUUGAACAUUAUUUGCGCAAUUGUGUUUUCUAUCAUAUUAUGAACCAAUUAUUGCCAAAUGAUAGAUCCACAUUGGCUGUCAUUCAUGUGUGUCUAUGAAUUUGCAUAAUCUCUUUCUUGAAUUUUUGAUAAUUUCUGGAACCUAUAGUUUGUGUCCUGGUAUAUGUUUCCAGUUUUGUAUGACUUUUGCCAUUUUCAUGCCAUUAAGAGACAUGAAGACAGGGGCGGGCCGGGUGCUGGCGGUACCUGGGUCUGUCAGUAGAGGUGCCAGAUCAGGUGUGGAGCUGUAGUUCUGCUGUAUUUCAAUAUGCUGUACUCCAUGAAAAAGAUCGAAUAGCAGUAAUGAUUCCUAUCAAAUUCCUCAAUUCCACAUUGCAAUAAAG